AUGAACGUAGCCGCGAUAUUACUACUGGUGACAUCGGUGCCGUGGGUGAUCGGGUAUCCAGGAAUCAAUGAGAAAUCGGAGGAGGCAAAGAUAGUGGGGCAGAGGGAACCGUUGGGAUUAUUCGAAAGCGUAACAGCGUGGAGCAAUAAAAUUUUUCCAUUUCAAUUUUUGAACGGGAAGGCGGAAGAUUCGAAGAAGCUCGAUGCACAGAAAGAGGAUAACGGCGAGCGUGUCGCGACGUCCCCGUUAGAGAAAAUUUUUGGCAAGGAUAAUAUAUUCGCCUCGAUGAUCUCAAACGUUAUCGGCACAAUUGGAAAAGCGAUAGAAGGUAUCGCGAGCAACGUUCAAAAAGGGAUAGGAUUACCUUUUUUCCCAAACAGAGAAAAACCAGCAGUAGACGUGGACAAAAGUGAUUCUGGCCACUCGAAACGAUACGGAUCAAGGGAGGCGAGCGUGAAGGAAGAAGGAGGUCGGAGGGUCGGUUAUCGGGAAUCAACAGAAGGCGCGAAAGAAAUUGAUGGCGAAAAACGCGCUAUUCACUCGGCCGCUCCUCUGCCGUCUUUGGAAGGGUUUGAUGCAAAAACAGGUGGCGGCGAGAGAAAACGCUGGGAUGGACCCGCGGUAUCAACGGGACCCGGGGGGGGAUCGGGUGACGCAAAAAGCUGGAGUCAUUCCUCCCAAGGAAUUGAGAAAAACUCGUUAACCAGCGCGAAAGAAGAGAGUUCUUCGACAAAUGUUGACGAGAGGGGAGGUUCCGGGGGGGAGGAGAGGGACGAUCGUUCGAGGAAGGGAGGAGGAGGAGGUGAGACCGAGGAGGUGAAAGAUAAGGUUGCUCGUGAAUCGAUCGAGGUUAAGGAGGAGGGGAAGAAAGCGAAGGAGAAAGUUGAUGCAAAAGGGAAGAGAGAUAAGGUUGAAAGGGAAGAAAAAGGGAGAAAGGAUGAAGUCGGUGAAAAAACGGAAGAGAAGAAGGUGGUCGAAGAGGAAGAGGAGGAAACGAAAAAGGUGGUUAAAGAAGAAGAGGAGAAGGAGAAAGGUAAAAGGAAAAAGAAGAAGGAUUAG